CAAUACAUGUCUUUUUGAAGCCUGCUUCGUCCACACUCGUUUAUACACUCCUCCAAUCCGUUCUACCCUCCUUUUGAUGCUUAUACGAAUUAAUUGUUUAAUCACGAAAGAUGACUGUCACCUGGAACAAAUCGCAGCACACGUCCUUUCUGCUCUGGGACAUCGACCGCGAAUUCCAGAACGCGUACGAACUCUAUGAACAGCUGGAAGCAAAGUCCGGCCACAAACGCUCGGCAUGGUCGCGCCUUGCCGUCAAGAGCCAAGAUGAUGUCCUUGCAAAGGCUCUGAACUUAGGACGUGAAGUCAGAUACUUUAUGGAGACUGGGAAGAAGCGAUUUGGUGCAAGGUUCGAGGAAGGUGACUCUACGUGUCAUACAACACUUGAUGCCCAACUCAUUCGCAUACAAUACGAGGUCCGCGAACUUCUCUGCGACAGCGCCGUAUCCGAGACAGUAUCCAUACCAUAUGACGACAUUGUCACGACCGCAAAGAGUAUCCGCCGCAUAUGCCUCGAGGCCUUGCACGCGCAAUUCGAACGCUUUUCAACACCAACAUCCAUGUUAUACCUACCACCCCCACGCUUCAAGAUCCAAUACUGCACCUUCGCCGAACAGCUACGCAAAGACCUCGAUUCAUCAGAACGGAGCAAUCUCCAAACGAAGAAGCUACGACCGCGCGACCGCCACGACGACCGAGAGAUUUGUCCUGACUGCGGUACAUGCAUCUCCGUUGCGACACACUCCGGACUUCCUGAUGCGAGGUGCAUUCUGUUCACAUCACACGUCAAGCUAGAGCCAGAAAGUAGAGCCGAGAACGCCGGCUACGCAUGCUCGAGCUGCUACAAAACCUUCGAUGACUCGUACGCAUUCCUGGACCACAUCUUCCAGAAGCAAAUCGGCAGCGACCGGAGUUGUUUGCGACUCUCGAGUCCAGAUCUGGAUAUCCAUGAGUUCGAUACUUCGCUCAUCGAGCAGUCCUACAAGAACUGCUUGGCCAGAGAGCUAUCACGGACUACGAGCGAGAAGGCCUCCAAAGGCCAAGUGGUCGUGCAGGAGAAGGAGAUCCGGCUGAAGCUUAAUAGCUUGACGAGUGCGACGUCCUGGUAGACUGAUCAGCAUCAUUUUCCUUCGCUCUCACUCGGCUAUCAGCCACGUCCAAUUCUUCUCUUGUAACGAUUUAUUUUCCCAUUGUCGACAUAUCGCCAUAUACCCACGCCACUUAGACGUAAUAUUUCC